UUGGGGUGAGUCAGCAAGGUAAACACUAACGAGCCAGCUGUAGCCAUGUGUGCUAACGAUGUCAGAAAGUACCAGUGGAACAAGGAACGACCCAGAUGGUGCCAUGUGAGACUGAGGAGGCAGAUCGCAGGGUGCUGGAUUAGUGUUGCAGACAUGGAUGGCCUCUAUUUAGUUGAGUGGAUGACCAGUAUUGAUUUAUUCUAGCGAUAGAAAGAGGAGGAGCCGAGCUACAGUGGGAGGAGAGUAAAUUGUAAGCGAUGUUGCUGUGGGUAUUAGAGGAGGAAGAGAGGGAGCUAUCGUCAUUAAGGCCAAACGAGGGGCAAACGAGGAGGGAACUUCAUCGUCGCAUCAGAGUCAUACCAAGAGAGGGAGGAGAAAAAAUUUCAAGAAAUCUUGGAACUGCUGGGAAGUGCAGUGAAAAAUGCGGUAUUUCGAACAUCGACCUGGGGCUUACCGGAUGUCAUGGGAAAGGGCAUAUGGACUUGGUAUAUAGGGCAAACUUCUACCGUGGACAUUACCUCAGUGGAACAGAGCUAAGAAGUUCCAUACCGAAAAGGUGGGAGAUCAAGACGACCAAAAUCUGGAUCCUGAACAGUAAGAAAGUUAGCGACUAAAGGUUGUCUCCCGUUGUCCAUCAGAGUUGCGCUGCGGAGGUCGACCAUAUAAGUUUCUAGUUGCAUUUCUAUUUCUGUUAUUUUAAUCUCCUUUAAAAAAUAUUCUCAUAGCCCUAUUAUACAUUCUGAUUUAACU